AUGCACAUCGCCCUCCUCGACGCCGACCUCCCCAUCCCCUCCUUCUACGCCAAACACGGCCUCUACAGUUCUCGUUUCCGCUCUCUCCUCCAAUCCGCCGCAUCGCGACUCGACCCAUCCAUCACCAUCACAACGUCCUCCUACGAUGUCGUCGGCGGCUGCCUGCCCCCGUACAACCUUCUCUGGGACCCAAAACAACUCUGUAAAGAGAAUGCAAAUCCAAACCCCAUAACAGCAAUCCUCAUCACCGGCUCCGCAUCGUCCUCCUACGAAGACAAACCCUGGAUCCACGCCCUCUCAGCGUUCAUCCUCCACGUCCACGAAAACUACCCACACGUGAAACUCUUCGGAUCAUGCUUCGGACACCAGAUCAUCGCGCAGUCGCUCCUAAAACAAACUCACAAGGUCGAGUUCUGUCCGGCCGGGUAUGAAGUGGGGAUUGUGCCGUUCGCGCUAAACAAGGCCUUUGUGGAGGAUUUUCCCAUGCUAGAUGCCGGCAAACUUCCGGGGGGGUUGUUUCGGAUUCAGUAUAUACAUGGUGAUAGGGUUGUUCCUAUUUCAGGAACAGGAAUGGAUAAGGCUGAUGCCAAUGCUGGUGAUGAUGGGGCUGAGGAUGGGUCGAUUGCUGCGCCAUGGAUGAAUCUCGGGGGAACUGCAAAAUGCCCCAUUCAGGGAUUAUAUCUCCGGCACCGGGUUCUCACAUUCCAGGGCCAUUUUGAAUUCGACGUCACUGCGAAUCGGGGUUUGGUGAGGGCGUUUGGACAGAGAUAUGGAUGGCCUCAGGAGGUGACUGAGGCGCAUGUUGGUGAUGUUGAGAGAGGGUGUGGGGUAAAGGAAGACGAAGAUGAGGAUGACUCCAAGGCUGCGGCGGAGGCAGUGGUGUUGUUUUUUUCAGGGUCCUUAGAUUAG